GUGACGUUUUGCCUUACGCCACGCACACGUAAACACACUACAGAGCUUCUUCAGAAUGUGACACGCCUCCUUAUUGGCAAACCCGGAUAUAUCGAAACCUGAUUGAAACUCAGCUCUGUGUCGCCGUGGCAUCAGGUGUCUGGAUCUGGAUUGUGGUGACAGUAGCAGUCUGAGACAUCAUAAUGAUUCGAGCAGGAGGACUUUUGAAAUUGGUAGCGCUGGUUUCUGUCCUUUGUCUGGCUGUGUUUUUUGCCUUAGAGCUUCUUGAGAAUAAAACAAACUUACAUUUGGGAACAAUGUUCGAACGAUCAGCACCUGUUGAGCUGAGCCCCCCCAAAUCUCCCCAUCACAAAUGUGGCCUUUCUAAAUCGUGUCCCGAAGACCACUUUGCCUUUAAGAUGAGCAGCGGAGCAGCCAGUGUAGUUGGCCCGAAAAUGUGUUUUCAAGAUAACAUAAUAAUGAGUGGAGUGAAGAACAAUGUUGGACGGGGUAUUAACAUCGCCUUGAUCAAUGGAAAGACAGGCGAGGUCACCAAGACGGGUUCCUAUGACAUGUGGGCUGGAGAUGUCAGCGAGCUUAUCGCGUUUUUAAAGGAAAUAGAAGAUGGAACCAUUGUCAUGAUGGCAACGUUUGAUGAUCCUGCAACAAAGUUAAAUGAUGAAGCUAGAUCGAUGAUAGCAGAUUUGGGCAGCUCAAUCAUCAGCAUUCUGGGCUUCAGAGAUAACUGGAUAUUUGUUGGAGGUAAAGGGAUCAAAACAAAGAGCCCGUUUGAGCAGCAUUUAAAAAACAACGCAGAUACUAACAAGUAUGAUGGCUGGCCGGAGGUUUUGGAGAUGGAAGGAUGCAUUCCUAUGAAACAAGAAUAAAGUCAACUUGUCUUCAGAUGAUUUCCAUUGUUCACAGCCUUUAUGAGGCUCCUAAAUCAAAGCAAGCACAUGGAGUUUAGUGUGACAUUUUAAUGUAUGCAAGGAAAUAUUGUCAAAGUAGUAAACUUAGAUUUGAAUAUGUGAAGGAUUUUUCUAUUUCUCAAUCUUGAUGUGAGCAUGGUUCUUACUCCGUCAUACAUUUAAAUCAACUUGCUGAAACUUCCAAAGAGUGAUUCCUUGCCGAUACUUUCCAAGCCUGGAAAUCUGUUUCAAAAUCAUGGAAAGAUGGUCCACAACCUGCACGUUUUCAGCCAUUUCAGUGUAAUGAGAGACAAUAAAUCGUUAAUGUCCUGCAUGUACUGCAUGCAGAGGUUGAGGACAUGCAUUCAUUUCAAGUGUAUUAUGAAACUGAUUGACAGCUUUAUUUAUUUUUAGUCUCCCGAAGUAAGUGUGAAGUGAUAUUUUAUUUGUUUUUACCAGUUCACUGUUCUUGAAAUAAUCAGGACUUUAUUCUUAAAUCCUAUCUAUAAAUGGCCUUGAUCACUUUAUGAAAAUCUACUGCGUCUAAGUUUAUGACGACAUUUUUCUCUUUCUGUAACUUUUGGGAAUAUUGUUACAUUUUAGGGUUACUGCAUAUGAAAAUCCAAUUUGUUUCCUUUUGAUAUUUAAUUUUUGGCUGUACCGUCUGUUAUCUGCACAUGUAGAGAUUUUGUACAAUAAGCAGUGUCACAAGUUAAAUAUGAAGUGAGUAUACAAGAAGUGACUUAUUGACACUGUAACCACUUGGAUUUUAAAUAUGUACUUUAAUUUCUGUUGUACUGUGCAGUCACGUUACUAUUUUACUUUAGUAAAAUGUCCCACGGUGAUGAAUGUAAAAUCAUUAUAUUUAAUUUUGCUACGAUAUGUACAAUUUAUAUGGUGUGAUGUUUCGGAUUGUGAUCCUUUUUUUUUUUAGAAAACCAACUGUGUGCCUUAUUUAUAACAGUGAUCAAAUAAUACUAAUACAGAUUUGUCCACGUUUUGUGUGGGAUGAAAAGCUGUGUAUGAUUUCUUUUGUUUAAAUAUAUUUAAAUCAUUUUAAUUGAA